GUGGUAAAGUGUAAAACCGGAAUUUCUAGUUUUAUAGUUUCAUACGACAGUGUGCACCAGACAACAGGACUACUACGAACGGUUCGCCUGCAUUAUCCUGAAAUGUCGACAUUCUACAUUUUGAUUGCAGUUUGGACAGUUUUGGCAAGUGUUCAUGGUGAAGAAGGCUUCUACAACAUUGCGCAUAUGACAAACACACCAGCGAGUGUAGACUGGGCCCUUGAUAAAGGAGCGAACGGUGUAGAGAUAGACUUGACCUUUGACACUUCUACAGGGACCCCACUGGUAUUUCGUCAUAGUGUAGCAGGGGAAGCAUGUGAUUGCACGUGUAUGUGUCCAGCCCCAUUCUGGGGACUGUGCCGUGUGUUAUACCCAAACAGCGUCUGUGCCAAACUUUUAGAUGACGUCAGUGGAAUUUCGCCGUGUAGAGCCGAAUCAUCAGUAGCAGCAAUGUUGAAUUCUCUGGCAGCCAAAUCGAGAAUCGCUUUGAUCAUUAUAGACAGUAAGAUCGACAGUGAAGAUAUGGACUCUAACAAAAUGAGAAUUGCCGGAGAAGCUGUUGUAUUGUCUUUAAUCCGGAAUCUUUUUGAGAAAGGCUACGGUGGGAAGGUGAUAAUAGGUUCUCCGGAGCUGGACACUUUGCCAUAUUUACAUGCUGCUGUUUCUGCAAUAGAGGGGUCGAGGUAUAGAAAUCGUGUUUAUUUCACCAUUGACCUCGAGAAAGACAAUAUAGUAGAAACCUUGCAAAAACUCCACACAUUGCCGACACGGAACAUUGUUUAUGGAACUGGCAUAUCAGCAUGCUCACCUAAACAGAUCAAGGAUUCUACCAUGCAGCUUGCAGCGGCAAAUAAAGCUAAAGGUGUGACGGGCCUCACGUACGUUUGGACCAUAGAUGAAGAGUCAACAAUAGAACAUAAUCUUCAGUAUGUACAAGGAGUGCUUUCUAAUUAUCCAGGAAUCGUUAAUGAGGUUUUGCAGGAAAAUGGAAUAAGACUAGCAACCCAGUCCAGCUCGAUUCCUCCGGCGAACAGUCUUGAUGUCAUCACCAGCCUGGCUGGGUUCGACUGUGACUGCAAUUAUCAUCCCGGCGGAUGUUCCAUCAGCAAACCAGCUCCUUCGGGCAUGGCAUGUUACUGCGAGUACAAGGGCGGAUGGACCUGCGGUGGAAGUGUUGCUCAAUGUUUGAACCCUGAUUCUUAUUACUGCGACCAUCCCGAUUAUUCCGUGCACUCGUGCCUGCUAGGUGGAGGUGACUGCGAAGGCUAUAAAACAGCGACGUGUGAUUGCGACUAUCAUCGUGGGGGUUGUACCAUUAGUCAAGCUCCUCCUUCAAACACGGCAUGCCACUGUUCAUACAAGGGAUUUUGGACAUGUGGCGGCAGCAUAAUCAGAUGUAAAGAUUUUAACAGCUACUACUGCAAGAACCCAGACUACUCAAUUCACACGUGUUAUAUGGGAGGCGGAGACUGCGGGGGAUAUUGAUUUGUCGCAAAUACCGUUAAAUAUUCCUGUUACGUUAUAUGAACUGAACAAUAUAUCCAUUAUUAGUUGCCGUUUUUUCUCCCAGACUGUUACUUAUUUCUUUUUAGUUUUCUUUCUUUUGUUUUGUUUAUACUUUGCUGCUGAGAGGUUGUCGGCAAUGUUUGUGCUUCUACAAAAAAUACAAAAUUAACCUUUACUGUCGAUAUUGUACAAUUGUACAAAUGCCUUCAGAUGUAUAUAUUACCAACAGUC